GGUAGCUGAACCUUUAAAAUUAAAUGAUACAGUCUAUGGAAGAAACCUUCAAACUAGGGUCAGCGGGAAUAUUGGUAGUUGACCUGAUGCAUUUUGGGUAAUGGAGUACUUCCACCAGGAGAUGGCGCCUCAUAAUUAUCUGAUGAAAUUCAAAAGGCAAGAACAAGGCAAAGAUCAUUUAUAGUUGGAAUGAAGAUUCACUCGGAGGUUAAAGAAAGAAAAGCAACAGAAGAUGCUGCCAGUCACACCCGGCAGGAAGCCUGAGGAUUCAGUUCUUAUGAAACUCUUUUUUUCAAAGUUAAACUCUGCAGCAUCCAGAGCUUUUACGUCAUAGUUUCUCUACGUCGAAGAUGCCCGUCAGUGAGAGGAAACCUUUACUUGCAGGAGUUUAGUAGGAAAUGUGAAUGAAAAUCGGGGACGAAAAACGCUCGGCUGACGUACAAACCCCGAGCAGUCGAACCCGUUUUUUUGGAUGUCGUCCGCCUGCGACGCCUUUCUGUCUGGACGACGUCUCAGAUAGCAGAGCCAAUGUCUGCCGACAACAGGCCGCCGCCGCCGCCGGCCUCGCCGCAGUCUUUCCCCGCCCAUCCCGCGCCCGCUGUCCCGCCCACCCCGUCGCCGUCCCCGAGCCCGCCAGCCACCCUCUGCAGCCGGCUGUCCAAUGGCAGCCGGGCGGCCGCCAGCCCCACUGGCUCCCGGGGCUCCAUCCAUGGCGUCUCCUUCCUGCUCCAGAUCGGACUGACCCGGGAGACGGUCACCCUCGACCCCGGAGACCACUCGCUGUCGGCUGUCCGGGAGCUCGUCUGCUCCAUCGUGGAUCAGAAGUUCCCUGAAUGUGUUUUCGGGAUGUACGACAAGAUCCUGCUCUUCCGCCACGACCUGAACUCGGACAACAUCCUGCAGCGUCUGACCGCGGCGGAGGAGAUCCACGAAGGCGACCUGGUCGAGGUGGUGCUCUCCGCUCUGGCCACAGCUGAGGACUUCCAGAUCCGACCUCACGCGCUGUACGUUCACUCCUACAAGGCGCCGGCCUUCUGCGACGACUGCGGGGAGAUGCUGUGGGGGCUCGUCCGACAGGGCCUCAAGUGUGAAGGAUGCGGACUGAACUACCACAAACGGUGUGCGUUCAAGAUCCCCAACAACUGCAGCGGGGUGAAGAAGAGACGCCUGUCCAACGUCUCGCUGCCGGGCGCCAUCAUGUCCAUCGCUCGUCCGCCGUCCACCGAGUUCACCCCGUCUCCGCAGGAGGAGCGCCCCCUCCUGGGUGCCGGGAAGCGUAACUCCCUGCUGAGCGGUCGUCCCAUCUGGAUGGAGAAGAUGGUCCUGGGUCGGGUCAAAGUCCCUCACACCUUUUCCGUCCACACCUACACUCGUCCCACCAUCUGCCAGUACUGCAAACGCUUGCUAAAGGGCCUCUUCCGCCAGGGCAUGCAGUGCAAAGAUUGUAAAUUUAACUGCCAUAAGAGAUGUGCGGCCAAAAUACCUCGAGACUGCCUCGGUGAGGUCGAUUUUAACGGAGAACCGACCAGUCCCAGUCUGGACUCGGAGGCGACGAUGGAGGUGGACAACUGUGACACAAACAGCGACGGCGGCCACAGCCUGGACGAGCAGGACGACAAGCUCUUCUUCAUUGAGGGGCACGGCUGCACGGACGGAGAGAAGGACGAUGAGACGCUCCGAGCCAUCAGCCCAUGCACAAGCAGCAACAUUCCUCUGAUGCGAGUGGUUCAGUCCAUCAAACACACCAAGAGAAAAAGCGCCACCAUGGUAAAAGAGGGCUGGAUGGUCCACUACACCAGCACCGACAACCUGAGGAAGAGACAUUACUGGAGGCUGGACAGCAAGACUCUGACUCUGUUCCAGAAUGAAAGUGGAGCCAAGUAUUACAAGGAGAUCCCCCUGUCCGAGAUCCUCCAGGUGGAACCGGCGCAGGACUUCAGCAGCCUGCCCCAGGGCAGCAACGCUCACUGCUUCGAGGUGAUCACAACCAACAUGGUGUACUACGUCGGGGAGGACAGUGGCGGCCUGCAUCACAACCCCGUCUUGGCGGCUUCUGGCGUGGGGCGGGACGUGGGCCAGAGCUGGGAGAAGGCCAUCCGACAGGCGAUGAUGCCCGUCACGCCCAAGGCCAGCGUCGGCACCGGGCACAGCCAGGGGAAGGACCACAAGGAAGUCUCCAUCAGCAUAUCCGUGUCCAACUCCCAGAUACAAGAAAACGUGGAUAUCAGUUCAGUGUAUCAGAUCUUUGCUGACGAGGUCCUCGGCUCCGGACAGUUUGGGAUCGUCUACGGAGGUAAGCACAGAAAGACCGGCAGAGACGUGGCGAUCAAAAUCAUCGACAAAAUGAGGUUUCCCACCAAACAGGAGAGUCAGCUGAGGAACGAGGUGGCCAUUCUCCAGAACCUGCACCACCCGGGGAUCGUUAACCUGGACUGCAUGUUCGAGACGCCCGAGCAGGUGUACGUCAUCAUGGAGAAGCUCCACGGCGACAUGUUGGAGAUGAUUUUAUCCAGCGAGAAGAGCCGACUGCCCGAGCGCCUCACCAAGUUCCUUGUUACGCAGAUCCUGGUGGCUCUGAGACAUCUUCACUUCAAGAACGUCGUCCACUGUGAUCUGAAGCCGGAGAACGUUCUCCUGGCCUCGGCAGAACCCUUCCCUCAGGUGAAGCUCUGCGACUUCGGCUUCGCUCGUAUCAUCGGGGAGAAGUCGUUCCGCCGCUCGGUGGUCGGCACGCCGGCCUAUCUGGCGCCCGAGGUGCUUCGCAGCAAAGGCUACAACCGCUCGCUAGACAUGUGGUCGGUCGGCGUCAUCAUCUACGUCAGCCUGAGCGGGACGUUUCCCUUCAACGAGGACGAGGACAUCAACGACCAGAUCCAGAACGCUGCCUUCAUGUACCCAUCCAACCCCUGGAAGGAGAUCUCAGAGCAAGCCACAGACCUCAUCAAUAACCUGCUGCAGGUGAAGAUGAGGAAGCGCUACAGCGUGGACAAGUCGCUGAGUCACCCCUGGCUGCAGGACUUCCAGACCUGGCUGGACCUCCGGGAGUUUGAGACGAAGCGAGGCGAGCGCUACAUCACCCACGAGAGCGACGACACCCGCUGGGAGGAGCACGCCGACGAGAGAGGCCUGCACUGCCCCAAACACUUCAUCAUGUCACCCAACCUGGACGACAUGGACGAGGACCCCUAGCAACGUCCCCGCAGGGCGAGGCGUCUUCUGCCAGGCAGCGGCCGACCUGCGGCGUCCCUGGACGGUGGCCAUUGAAACCGCAUCCGAGGCAGCGCAGUGUGUUCGUGGAGGCGGCGGUCAGGCAGCUGAGUAUCGACACUGUGACAAUGAUUCAGGUCCAGAGAAUUUCAUUUUAAAUGUUUUUUUGUUUCUUUUUCUAAUUCACUGCGAUUUUUCUACAAGCCCUCGUCCACGCUGCCAGUCCAGCUGCAGAAGAGCUAAAAAAGAAACCAAUCCAGAGCCUUUACAUAUACAUUUUCAGCUCAUAUAGCAUAUUUUCAUGACGUCAUUGUUGCGUUUUAGAUCAUGUCAAGCUGUGUGGAGUUUUUUUUAUGUGACGCCGACUCAGAAGAAACAAACACGUCUUGAUUAUGUUCUGACUAUAAUGUACGUUACUUUCUUGUUCUUCUUUGUUGGGAUGUCUUUGCACUAUUUGGGAAAGUCUUUUAGAAUUUCACUGAUAAUAACUUUUUGGUUUGUUAAUCUGCAAAAGUAAACUUCUCCUCCCCCCCAAAAUGUUACUUGAAGGUAUCUACUUAAGAAUGACAUGACAGUGUCAUGAACACAUGAACCCUAACAAUAUCCAUAACUUGUCAUGACAAAACAAAUGACACUUACUAAAAGAAGCGUUAUGUCCUAAACGUUCAUGACAGUGUCAUGUUGCUCUUACGUAGAUACCUUCCUAUUUUACCUUCCUUUCUGUAUCAGUAGCCAACAACAAUUUUCUUGGCUGAUUUUUGGAAGCAAAAUGUUGCCAUUGACUUUAUUUUAUCUUGGUCAACUUUUACUUGUCAAAAAAUACGGCAAGUGUGAACGUAGCCUAAAGAUGUUUCUCCAUAUAUUUUUUUUUUUUAGUUGUGGCCGUUCUCACUAAUAUGUCAUGCUAACUUUGCCCUCACCACCUCCAUCAUAGAGAUUCAGGAAACGAGACAGUCUGGCAAACAAAAACACCCCAAAACAUAUUGGAAGAAGCACGUAAAUUACCUAAAACUUUAGCUUUUGUUGCUAACUGCGUACUUGGGGACAAUUUGAAGACAUAUAGCAUUUUGAGUAGUAUGUUAGUAUUCGUCAUUAGUUUCAUUGUCAUCAUUAGGUGUUUACUGAUUGACAUGGAGCAGUGAAAUCCAACAAACUUUCAGGAUUAUUUUAAGACUCUGGACUCAUAAAACUCAGUUGAGAUUAUUCUUUUUACUUUUGCAGAGAAAUAAACUCCGUUAUUUUCCGAGAGAUUCUCUCUGAAACGUUUGUUGGGACGAAGACGAGCUGCUAUUGUCUUUCUUUUGUCUUUCUGUGGAAACGGAUCUGUAGAUGGUCUCGUUAGUGAUCUGACUCCAGCCUGAGAUUUUAUUUCACACAUUUUAUAUUUUUGCAAGAAAUGUUUGUGUCAUGUGGAUGACUUGUUUGACUGGGAGAAUAUUAAAUGGUUUUACUUUGGGGAAAAAAUAUAUCUCAUUUUA